GUCUCGUCUCCUGUGAAAACCUUUUCUCUCUAACAUUCUAUCUCCUCUCUUACAAAAACAUCUCUCCUUUCGUCUGAAAACAAGUUUGAUCUAUUCUCUCUCUUCCUCUCAUAUUUCAAACUUUCAACUCUAGCCACCGCCGGUCCACCAACACCAAUACCAUCCCCUUCCGACUUACCUUCUACCACCGUCGAAAUUGCCGUAUUCUGACAAGAAGACAUCUUAUUCCUAUAAUUUCAUCUUUGAGAUGGACGGAGAUGAUUAUGAGGAGAAGCAAGGUCAUGAGUACGUAGAAAAAGCAUUGUUAAGAUUGGAAGUUCAAGCAUUCAUUUUAGUUGGCCUUUGUUUACAAAUCAUUCUGAUCAUAUUUGGCUUUCGAAGAAAAUUUAUUGUUAGAAGUUGGAUAAGAGUCCUUGUCUGGUCAGCAUAUUUAGGAGCAAAUUGGAUGGCAACUGUUGCCCUCGGCAACCUCGGAAAAUACGAAGAAUAUGGUAAAGUAGACUGUGGCAUUUAUAAGGAUGAAUAUGAUUAUAUAUGUGACCGGUAUAUAAAGUUUGUGGAAGGAAACAAAAAACUCAGCCUAUUGUGGUCACCCUUCCUUCUCCUACACCUUGCUGGUCCAGACACUAUCUCAGCUUACUCCUUAGAAGACAAUGAUUUGUGGUCGAGGACCUUUUUCAUGUUCAUUGCGAACGUCGGGGGAGUGUUUUAUCUCUUUGCAAUAACCUUGAGCAGCAUGGUUACUUUCAGAGAAUAUAUAUCCGUUCCAAUAUUUAUUUCUGGAAUUAUUAAAUAUGGAGAGAGAGUUUAUGUACUUUGGUCUUCAAGCACAGACCGUUUUAAAGAGUCUUUGCUCUCAAAUCCUGAUCCGUUUCCAGAUCUUGUUAAAAUCACAAAACAAGAUAUGGAGAAAAAGCUAGAGGGGGAGGAAAUUGAUAUUGAGAGGGAAGCAGUAAAGGAUGAAUCACAUCAAAUCUUUGAAGCUUUUUUUCUGUUCAAGAGUUUUGCAAAUUUAUUUUCAGGUCUUAUUAUUGAUGACAAUGAAUUGUUGAUAAGUAACAAGAUCUUUAGCGGAAAGUUGGCUGAAGACGCUUUCAAUUUGGUAGCAAUUGAGCUUGGGAUCAUGUAUGAUGUUCUCUACACGAAGGCUAUUGUUGCCUAUUCUCGACUAGGAAUCUUUCUCCGUUGCAUCAGCUUCUUUUGCUCCUCUUUCUCAUUAAUUUUGUUCCCACUUUACAUUCAAUUUGGUUAUUUCUCUCUGGUUGACACCUUAAUAACUUUCUCACUUCUAGCUGUGGCUUUUCUUCUUGAAAUUCUUGCCGUCGUCGAACUUUAUUCAACUGAUUGGGCAACGCUUAUUCGUUUAAUUAAAAAAAAGAAAGCACAACCAAUCUCAGUUUUUGGCAAUCGCAAGAGGUGGUCGAAGGUCAUGGGACAAUUCAAUCUUUUAAGUUGUUGCUUCAAAGAGGAGUCAGCCAAAUAUAUGAGGGUCCAAAAUUUCUUCUUCAUCGGGAAACGGUUAACGAUUCAUCUGAACUUAAGUUGGGAAGAUGUAAGUGUUGAUUUACAAAAGAUGAUUUUCAAGGAGCUCUCAGAGAAAAUCGACAAAUAUAAACUACAUGAUGAUCAUUUUUGCGACACUCAUUUACUGGAGAAAAUAUUGCAUCAAAGAGGUGAUUAUGUGCUUCAAGAAAGGUAUAAUUUUGAAGAAUUUAAUUGGUGCAUUAACAAGGUGGAAUUGGAUCACAGCCUUCUCCUUUGGCAUAUAGCGACUGAUCUUUGUUAUUACGAAGAUUUUGAUAAACAUGAAGGUACCGAUAAUAAUUUUCAUCAAACUAGCAAAUUUGGCAAAUGUUUGUCUGAUUACAUGUUGUAUCUUCUUGUGGCAUGUCCCUACAUGAUGCCUAAAGGAAAUGGUGAGUUAAGGUUUAGAAAAACCUGUGUCAUGGUAAGGAGGUUCAUUCAAUCAUCAAAAGCGAGUUCUACAUCAAUCCAAAGAGCAGAAGAUUGCAAGAUUUUACUUGAAGACAACAUCGAUAAUAUAAAAUCCGAAGAUAUGUCAGUUCUGGUGGAGGGGUGCAAGCUUGCUAAACAAUUGCAAUUGCUUCAAUCUGAGGAUGGUUGGAAUGAGGAAAAAAAAUGGAAAAUGAUAACAGAAGUGUGGGUGUAA